GAAAGUCACCUGUCCGUCCCCCAUGGGGAGCUCAAGAUUGAUUUCUUCCUCUUUUUAAAAAUACAUUUAUUCAGUAAAUUCUGCUGCAUGUCAAUCACAUUUUCUGAGCAGUCUUUCUGUGCAGAUCGAGCAAUAUGAAGAGUCUGAAGGCAAAGUUUAAAAAGAAUGAGAGUCAAGACUGGAGCAAGAGUGAUGAGAGGCUCCUCCAGGCUGUGGACCAGAACGAAGCAGACAAAGUGUCCGCCCUCAUCCUUAAAAAGGGUCUCUGUCCCACCAAGUUGGACGCCGAGGGCAAGUCGGCCUUCCACCUGUGUGUGUCUCGGGGGUUUGUCGACUGCCUGGAGGUCAUCAUCGCCCACGGAGCGGACCUCAAUGUCACAGAUGGUGCCGGCUUCGGCGCCCUUCACCUCGCAGCCCAAAAUGGACAGUCAGACUGUUUAAAGAGAAUUUUACAGGAGAGAUUAGAAGUAGAUUGCACAGACUCCAUUGGAAGGACGCCCCUCCACCAUGCAGCUGUCAGUGGCUGCUUAUCCUGCACUGAGAUCCUAUGGGACUUUAAAGCUGAUCUUGAUGUCCAGGACGGGGAUGGAGCCACCGCUCUCAUUCUGGCCGCUCAGAUGAGUCGAGCGGAGCUGUGUAUCUUUCUGCUGGGUCGAGGUGCCAACGUAAACAUUCAGGACAACCAGGGGAGGACUGCCCUGAUGCUGGCCUGCGAGAGCGACUGCGCCGAGACAGUGGCCGCUCUCCUGAGGGGUGGGGCCAACGGACAGCUGAUCGACGGCCUCGGAAACAAGGCGGACAACUACAGCCCCGAUAACCAUCACAUUGUAUACAUGUUGCAAAAUGGAGCACCCCCUGGUACGACCCUCCGGAGCAACUCACGGACCUCACUGGUGCAAGGCGGUAGUACCCCCCGCAAAAGGAAAGCUCCCCCGCCACCUCUCCAGGGUUUGCCACCCACACCUCAUCCGCGGAGCCCCGCUUCUCCCGCUCAGUCACCUGAACCUCCUCAACCUCCAGAAUCACAUCGGUCAGCCCAGGUGGAAGACGAGGAGGUGUUUGAGGAAAUUCGGCGGCUACGCCUUGAACGAGGGCGUCUCCUCCAGAAGAUAAAAGUCUUGGAGCAGCAGCAACAGAGUGCUAUUUCUGCCUUGGAGGAGCUGUCCCAACUAAAGCUGCGUCUAAAGGAGGCAGAAGCUGAGAGGGACAGGUUGGUCGAUGAACUGAAGGGAGCCCAAGGCGCUGGGGCGAGUGACUCUGAGGAUAUGGAGGAGAUGUUUAACUUUCCAGAGAUGUUGCUCUCCAAGCGUUCGAGAGCGUCACCCGCUCGCAACGAGUCCUCCUCUGACACACGAUCCACCAACCUGCCUGUCGACGACACAGACCAGGGAACUGUGGAAGAGUUACACCAAAAAAUAGAGGAACUCACAUCGCAGAACACAGAGCUUGUUCUCAAAGUGCAGAUGCUGGAGAUGUUUGAGAAGGACGACACUGACAUGCAAAGCCCCGGCGUGGGCUUUGUCCCCAUAGAACAGUACGAAACCGUUAGGAAGGAGUUUGAAGCCCUGCAGGAGCGAUUCUCUCGGGCUCAAAUGUCCAGUGGAGCGUCCGGUGAGGCGGAGGAACGUGGUGACCAAACAUCAAUGGCUGAAUGUUCCGAGAGUCCAGAGGCCCUGAAGGAGAAGCUGCAUGCCCUGCAGAGCCAGUUGGCCUCCUCCCUGUCCGAGCUGGAGCAGCUAAAGGAGAAAAUGCGUUUUGGGGUGUUCUCCAUGGAGUGUGGCGAAGGAGAUGCAGCAGGUGCUAGUGAGAUUCCAGCCGCGGAGGCCCAGCAGCUGAGGGCAAGGGUGGACGAGUUAAAGGAGGAGCUUGCUCAGGGACAUGCCAAAUCGGUUGCUCGAAGCUCUGAGGACGCUGACAGAAUCAAACAGCUGACAGAGAGAGUUGAGCAGCUCCAAGCUGCUCUAGUCCGGAAAAGCUCUGCGGACAACGGCGGCUGGACAAACUCAGCUGCGGGAGACCGAACGGAAUCCGUGAAACUUGAAGAUAAAGUGGCUGAGCUGGAGGCAGCUGUGGCAGAGGGAGGGAGUUUGUCAGGAGGCGCCGGACCAAACGGGGAACAGAUUCGUCGCCUUCAGGAACGUGUGGAGGAGCUGGAAGGUGAGCUGAAGAAGUGCGUUCCCCGUUCCCACCUGGAGGAGUUGCAGGUCACCCUGGGCCUCCAGUGUGAACAGCUGGCGAGAGAGAGAGCGGAGGUGGCGAGGAGGCUGAACGAUGCCCUCCUCCAGUUGGAGAGCGUCAGGCCUCCUGCAAACGGCGAGGAUGACGAUGAAGAGGAAGAGCACUCGGAGAGCUCAGAGCUCUCCGUUACAUCAGAGCCCUCAAGACGUACGCUGGCGGCCGUCCGCCAGGAGCUGGAGGCGGCUCGACAGGAAGCCGCCCAGGCUCUCGAUUGCUUAUGCGCUGAGCGAGAGAGUCGCGCCCACGAUGCCCUGAGCCUGAAGGACGUCGUGCCCCUGUCGAAGCACAAAGAAGCGCUGUCCGCUGUGUCGGAGCAGCUGGCGCAAACCCUGCAAGACCUCCGGGAGGAAAAGACCCUGCGGACGGAGGCUGAAGAGCAGGCGGCCAGAUUUGAGGCCGAACUCGAGGCCGCGCGUGAGGCCGUGCCGAAGGAGGAGCACGAGAAAGUCAAGGCGGAACUGGAGCGCUCUCUGCAGGCCAGCGAGAGCAGUGCAGCGGCAGCUCAGGAGGCCUUGAGUGACAAAGAGACACAACUGAGGGAACUCAAGUCCCAAAAAGCCGCCCAGCAGGGUCUUAUCUCCAAGGAGGACCACGAGGCCCUGCGGCUGUCCAUGCAGGCCGAGAUCAACGCCAUGGCGGCCCGGCUUAACGACCUCACGCGCAAACAUGAGAAGACCUGCACUGAGGUGUUCCAGGUCCAAAGGGAGGCCCUCUUUAACAAGAGCGAGCGGCAGGUUGCGGAGACACAACUGGUCGCCGUGCAGCAACAGCUGCAAGAACUGCAAGCCAAGUCCGGGCACAUCCAGGAACUCCACACUAAAAUUCAAGAAUCUCAAGGCCUGGUCAAGGAGAAGGACCGCAAGAUUACCGAGCUUUCAAAGGAGGUGUUCCGGCUAAAGGAGGCGCUCGGAUCUUUGUCGCCGCCUCUCGGCGUCACGUCCUCCGGCUCACACGCCCAUCACGGGAACCCAGGACAGCAAAUGGCGCUACAGAACAGGAUUGCCAUCCUCGUCCAGCAGCUACAGGAUUGGGAAAGAAAACACAAGCAGGUGGUGGCCGUGUAUCGUUCUCAUUUACUGGCAGCCGUGCAGGGUCGUAUGGAUGAAGAGGUGCAACGUCUUCUCCUGCAGAUCCUCAGGAUGAGCCAGCAGGGUCAGUGACAUCCACGUCAUGCAUCGCUCGAACUCAUCACAUCGAGCAACCACAAGUGUACGACUGUGCUGCACAGAGACAGUGAGCUAACGUUGUCGCACACCAUGUAAACACACCCCUGAUGGGCUGUAAGUGGCACAGGGGGAUGACAUUGGCCAAGCCAGGACAUCAUUAGAGUUUUUUUUUUUUCCAUCUUUUCAUUUUUGACAACUGCAUGACAUUUUGUGUGCCACAGCGUGGCCAAAAAUGAACCAAUUUUUGCAAGGGCAUAUAAAGUAGCGCAUUUUGAUAUGAAGCGGUUAUUUUGGGCAAAUUGAUGGGCUCGUACUUUUAACAGUGUGAUGCUAAAUUGUCAAGGUUUUUUUUUUUUUUUUCCCCCAGAAAGAUAAUCAAGCGUGCUGUGGGAAGUGAUCCAAUUUCACUUAAUAGGUCUGUGUAUCUUUCUAACGAUCACUUAAGAUUCAACCUGAAUGUACCGUAGGCGGGAAGACGGCUUUAAUUACCUAUGAUAUAUUUGCAGAACUAAGGGGGCAAUAUUUCACAUACAAUCCCUGUUUACCUUUUUUUUUUAAAAAAGCAAUGAAGUUCCUACAAAUCACAAUAAUACUGUUAUCUUCAUCCCCGCAUCGAUGCCGUAAAACUGUACAAUGAAGUUUGAAAAUACAUCAAGUCUUGUGCGCUUUUCAUAAAAAAAAAAAAAUCCAAGUGUGAUUAUUUUUUUAGAAGAGUUGUGUGCAUC